AUGUUCUCACUACAAGUUAAAUGGGGUUGUUCUCAAUGUCGAUCUACUAUUACUGAUCGUCGAAAAUAUUGUAUUGAUUGUCAUUCUAUGUUAACUUGGACAUGUAUUGGCUCGGGAAGAUCUGGAUUAUAUACGCACUUUUUUCGGCAUCGUGAUAAUUGUAUUCAUUGUGCGUCAGAAAUGGAAGAUAAACCACAGGAAGUAGAAGAAAAACAUCGUGAUAUUCAAAAACUUCAAAAAUUGAAUAACGAACAACGUCCGUGGUCUGAAUGGGAUCGUACUUAUGAAUCUUGUGUACAACAUACAGGACAUGAUAUUGAACAAGUGCACCAAUUAUAUUCGAUGUGUGAACAAUCACUUAUAAAAUAUUGCUUGCAUAGAACAAAGAAACAAUCAGACAACAUCAACACAACAUCUUUAUCUCCGAUGAAUUUACUUGUAGUGACUUUGUGGUACUUAAAGCAUUAUCAUUCGGAACGCUAUAUUGCUACUGAAGUUCCAUCUGAAGUAGCUACAGCUCAUUUUCAACUUGUUUUACCACGUGACCUUCGUUUUGGUAUUGAUUCAAUUCCAAUUGGUAUAUGUUAUGCUGGAACAGGUGAUCAUGGUUUUAAUCGACGAAGACUAUUUACUGCAGUCCCAUUAAUUAAUCAAUAUUGUAUAGGUUCAAUUCUUCUUGAAAAUCCAUAUUAUGGUUUAAGAAAACCACCCCAUCAAUCUCGUUCAUCAUUGUUUUACGUUACCGAUUUAUAUAUAAUGGGUAAAGCACUUAUUUUAGA